AUGGGCGUGCUAAUCCACCUGUUGGAGCUGAUGACGAUGUCGCUAAACAUGCACGCUGCAGAGAGCGAUGAUCGGUUGUGGGACGCCGCGGUGUCUUGGCUCCCUGACAUGCUAGGCCCAAUGCUGUGCGUCCAGGACCUGAAAGAUGGGGGGUCAAUGUUGUCGUGGCACGUCCGCGGAGUACAGUCCCGGUCGCGGAGAACGCUGCUCUGGGACUCUGGGAGUGAUAGGCCAUCCUGCUGA